UUUGGAGCUGCACUUCUAUCUAGAUCUUGAAUUAUUCUUUGUUUCGGAAUAUUAGUUUGACUGUAAUACAACCUUCGAAAGGAUCUUUUCAGGUCCUCUACGAAUUUGAUGAUUUAUUAUUAAUUUUUUUGGAAAUAAAAGUAUAUUUCUUUACAGUAUAAACAUGGCAUCUAAACCAAAAUCUGGUCCUCAAGAUAUGCCACCAAAAGGAGGAUAUAAUCCUAUACAAACUUCUCGAGUGCAUCUUCGUCGAAUUGUUACUCCAUGGGUUGCAUGUGGUCUGACUAUAGCAUCAACUGUCAUUGGAACCAUAGGGUUUGCACAUGAAUAUAGAUUGUGGAGAAGAAAUGAAAUUGAAUUAAGAAGUGCUCAGAAUGCAUUAAUACCAUUACUUUGGGCUGAAAGAGAUCGAGUGAUGCUCAAACAAAUAAGAAAAAAUCGUGAUGAAGAAGCAACAUUAAUGCAAGAUUAUCCAGGUUGGGAAGUUGGUACUUACUUUGGUCAGCCAAUAUUUAAUUGGGCAUCUCCAGAAAAAUUUAUUGAACCAAUUACUUAUGAAUACUUUGCCCAUUGCCAUCAGAGAGAUGCACAGGAAAAAUUAACACGUACCCUUUACUUAUAAAUAAUUUUGUCAUCCAAUUUAAUGAUGAUUAUAAUCAAUCGAUAUUUAAAAAGAAUAUCUAUUAGUCAAGAUGUAAUUAUAAUUAUAAAUAUGUACAUACAAUAAAAAACCAAA